CUGAAUAACAGCGUUGUUAGUUGGUACGAUGGAAAUUUUAGUGUUAGUGUUAGAAUGGAAUGGAAACCAGAACCAUCGCACAGCGUGUGCUGAAAGUGAAUAUUUUCUCUCAAUUAUCUCGGGCGGAUAGUUCGAAUGAAGCGACUCGGGAGCAAGACGGACGAAUAGUGUAGCCCGAAUAGUGUAAAUACUGUACGCAAGCUAUGGAAACGUCAGCAUCAGUUAUCAUUCUCGAUUCCGACUCCGAAGAUGGGUCCUCCACAAAACCAUCAUCGAUUUGUGCGGAGCGAAAACGAAAAUGUAGCGUCAUUACAGCAACACCGAACUGCACCGCGGCGACAUCGAGUUUGAACGGUCAGUUGGUUGAGACAGCACGUCAAGAAUCGGAACCAGUUAGGAAGCGUAUUAAACCGAUCACGGUCGCAUCGAAUCUGCCGCCACCAGAUGGCAACCCGUCCCCGUCGCCGUCGCACCAAAACAACAAUAACAUUCAGGUGGUGGCGGGCGCGAAUGAAAACUUUGCCAAAAUUACCUACUCCGAGGAUUGGGAGCUAGAGAUGAAACAGUACCAGCUCGAGCUGAAUGGGCAAACUCGAAAGCCAGAAAUACCAUCGAAAGCCACCAAUACUAUUAACGAUGAUUCGGAAUCCGCCGACCGGAGCACUCCUGAAGCACGAACUGUACCGCAAGGGACGAACGCUCCAACGAGUGGGAAGCCGAAAGGGGAGAAGAAUCAGAUUGGUAAAGAUUUCGAACGGCUACUGGACGCCUGCCGGAAGGCGGACCCAUCACAAGAAAUGGAAACACUCAUCCAGAAACGACUGAUACGGUACUAUGAGGUUGUGCAUCCGGAUUAUGUGAAUUCGAAAAGCUUCCAGAAGGCGGUCGCCGCCACGACGGCCGACGUGCUUGCGAAUCCCGAUCUCGUGUUCCUCAAGCUGGCCAGCAUCGUGGAAGAGCUGAACGCAAGAAGAAAAUCAAGGCCGGUCCUAUCGGAGCCGAGGAAGGGCAGCGACGGGACGUGCAGUAGCGGUGGUCCGGUGGAAAAUACGACAAACACUCGGAAAGAUAAACAGAUUGCCCGGCUUAACCGAACGCUGUAUCUUCUGAAGAAGCGUAUCCAGCAGCUGGACGAGGCAGACGUGGAUUUCAACGACGACGGCAAGUCGGCCUACGUGAUGGUGCAGCGGUACAAGAAGCGUGCUUUUCAAGUGUACGAGAAGUUGUGCGAUAUUACCGGCGAGAGCAAAGACGCACACCGGCUCGUGAAGAAACCGAUCCAGUUCCAGGAAACACAGUACCCGGAGUUCAAUCGCACCAUCCAGCAGUUUGUCAAUCGGACGGAUGCGUUUCCCGAUUUUCGGGAUGUGCUCAAGUGUUUGGAACACUGCAACAGCAGGUAUGACUACCGCAUGCGCCCCGAGCUGAUGCAACGGGUGGCACACGACGCAUUCUUCAAGGUCGGCAAACUGCUCCAGAAACGCCGCAAGACGGAUCUCUACGAAACGGUGUCGUACUACGCAAGCGAAGAGUCUGAUCCGGCUCUAGUGGAUCACAAGUUGCAGGAGAAGCUCGAGCAAAACCGGAAGCACUAUAACAAAGUGGGCGAUCUGAUUGAUAAGUUCGCACAGGUGCAAGAUGCGCCCGAACAAGAGUUCGAAGAAAUACCACCUCCCAGACCCGAUGGUGGCACGGAGACGGGCGAAAGGAAGGGAAGCCAAAAUCCAGCACAAUCGCAGCCAUCCAGCAGCAGUAGCCAUAGUAACAAUAGUCAAAAAGCGAUUAGCGUGACGAACGCAACCAAUCAAGAAGCUUCCGUUGCUUCGACCAGCAGUAGUAGCCCGGUAGGGUCCGCAGACGACGAUGGCGUCACUGUGGUAGAAGAUGUUACCGACAGCGAUGAGGAAGAUGAUGACGAAGACGAUGAGGAUGAGUUCGAGGGAACCACCAAGGAGAACGUUCGGCCAGACUGCUUCGAAGAUAUUGUAAUUUCCGAUGACGAAGAGCUGCUGGUGUCUUAACAUACGUUGAACGUUAUGGUAGGAAGUAGCGAUUGUAAAUAGAACGUUAGUUGUAAGAAUGAUUCUUUUUUUGGUUACCUUACCCCCCCUCUGAGCUCACACUUGUAUGUGAAGGAUGCUAAAUUCUCUAAAAAAAUUUAUUCCUUGUUUUUUUGUUUUGAAAUUUGUACAAACCCGUUCCGUAGGCCGAAGUACAAGAGAGUUCCCGUGGCCCGGGUUUGUGUGUCACUGCGCACUUGAAUUCGCUUUAUAGACAGUUACAUGUCUGCGACUGAAACACGAAAGCUUUCCAAUCGUAUUAACGGAGGUGCAACGAGAGUCGAAACGAACAGUAAUAUCGCCCAAAAGUAGCUGCAGAUUUUGAUUGACCAGUUCUGUGUACAAAGUGAAGGCAGAAUAAAAUCUAAA